AUGAGCGAGAGCCAGCGCAAGAAGAGACAGUACUCGCGCAAUGGCUGCAAGGAGUGCAAGCGACGGAAGCUCAAGUGCGACGAAGGCAAGCCCCAGUGCUGGAAUUGCGCACAUCUGCACAAGGAGUGUGUCUACGAACGUACCAUCAAAUUCACCAGCUCGCGCACUUUCACAAUCGAAUCGCAGAAUACCAGAUUAGUGAAUCUAGGCGAGACGUCUGGCGCCGCUUCUUCGUCGUUGGCAGCGCCCAGCGCCGGUGGUAGCAAGCCUGUGACGCCAGAGGGAGACAUGGCUCCGCUCACGUUUGCACAGCCGCCAGCGAUGGUGCAGAACCCGCCACUCGCGCCUGCUGUUGCCGAGGUCGACCGCCUCCCGUCGGUGGGGCCGCAUCUGCGGGGGAAACGGCGAGGAUCGUUCGAGCAGGAGAUGCGCCAGCAGCUCGCGUUCGAGCCACCUACACCCUUACACCAGUCCAAGGAGCUGGAUAACAAUCUAUUUACCGGGGCAAGCCACCUGAUUUCGGACCUGAACGACCUGAUCCAGAGCUUCAGUACCGACUUUGAGCAGCCCGAUCUCAGCCCGUCGUACAAUUUCUAUAUUAGGCGCCUAACAAACACGCUCGAGACAGACUUCGACCACAGCGAGUCGGCUGUCAAGUCUGUUGGCUCCGGGUCCAAGCUGUCAGCGUUUCCGCCGCCGAGCCCGACCGUUUUGAUGUCUGGUGUGCACGAGAGGUUUGACUUUCUCGCAUCGCUGAACAAUUCUAUAAGUUCGCAGGAUCUGAGCGAUCUGGCUGCGUAUUUCGGGUGGUCUUUUGAGUCGCCGCAUUUGAAUUAUCUCAACGUGCUCAUCACCAAACUUCAUCUCAACAUUCUACCCUUCACGACCAACCUGCUGCACAACUCGUUCAUCAAGUGUUUCCUGCUUGAAGCUAAAAGCUCGCCGCACUUGCUGUAUGCUUUAUUGGCCAUCUCUGCCCGGUACGAGAGCUACCAGCUGAAACCCAAGGACGGCAACGAGGACUCGCGGAAAAAACAGGAAUCGCACCAGAAACUGCGCUCGUAUUAUCUCUCGUCGUGCUUGAAGUCGCUGGACGCCAUUUUGCAUUCGAAACCAAAAAUCCUCAACAACAUCCAGUCGCUGCUGCUGACAAUUUUGAUUCUGGCCUCAGACUACUCUGCAUCCACAGGGUCGCAAUGGCGGGCCCAUCUGCGCGGGGCCAAAGACCUUCUGAUCAAAUAUUGCAAAUACAUGCCCAUUUCGCUGGAAUUGGGGAUCAUUUGGACGUGGUUCUACUCCAUGGAGACGCUGGCUGCGCUCACGUCCCCGAGCGGCGGCACAAUCCACGACUUCAAGGAGCUGACCGAGUUUCUCGACGUGAUGAAGAGCGGCGGCCCCGUGGGAGCCACCCUGGCAAAAUUUGGAUUCUACGCGGCAGGAAACUACCACGUCCCGGCCCCCGUGCACAACACGUUCAAUUUGUACCACGGCUACAACGACGACGUGCAGGAGCUUUUCAAAGAGAUCGUGCUAACGCUGGAGGCACGCCGCCAUUUUUCCCGCGAGACGAAGCUGAACGAGGACAUUGGCCGAUAUUUGAAUAAGGACGGCCAGGUGCUCAGCUCUCAGGUGCUCAAAAUGAUGGGGCUGGUGGAAAAAGCAAGGCUCUUCAAAUGCAUCGCAACAGGCCCACCAUACCGCAUUCCAAUAGACUCGCCAAACCAUCCUCUGAAUCUCAACGGCAUCCAUUAUAAUAACCCAGACGGGAAGGGCAUUGUCAUGUGCGCAUACAUGCACAAUACCAACCCGCUCACCUCUGAUCUUGACGACACGAAAAAUUGGUACAGCUGGCUCGACCUGAGCCAGCAGCUGUACACGGAUGCGUGCUAUUUGAAGAUUCUCACCAUGAAGCACUGUAUGGGUCGCAACGGACUGGCCAUCACCAACGAGCUUGUCCAGGACGUGGUGAAUCGCAUGCUAUUGGGUCUGGAGCCGCUGGUGAGGUUCAAAAAUAACCUGAAAGAGGAAGACAUUGCCCGACUGACAACGUACUAUUCAGAGCUCUCGGAUGUGACCGAGGCGACUGCCAGCAUGGAUUUCGAUCAGUACCUGUAUUACCAAUUCGACCACCGGCUGAUCAUGGUCCAAUGGCCGCUGUUUGUGUGUGGACUCUGCAGCGUGCUGCCGCAGCAAAAGUGUAUAAUAGAGUGCUGUUUCAAGGCCCUGAUGGAUCUCGGAGUCGGCUCGGGCGAAAUCUCGCUCAUGAAGCUAAAACGGCUGUGGAAACUGGAGAAGGGGGGUUUCGAUUAUGAGAACUGCGAUAUUUUUGGCGGCGACAACGACUCGGUUCCGUUCGUGUAGAUAGUAAAUAAUAUACUAUUAGUCCACCUGUUCGCCUACUCUGGCUUGGUCCUUGGUAUUGAGCCAGUACCGCUUCUCCUCUAAAUGUGAGUCGUACUCAGACUCCCUGUUGAUUCUGUCCAGUAUUUCCUGCUCCUCAUCGGUUGUCAUGUUCUGCAAGUCGGGAGGAAUCUCCUGCAUUUCGACAGACGGCGCUCCACGGAGGUAGCGCAGGUUUUCAAGCAAUUCGUUUCGCAGGUUUUCCAGGUAUUUUUUCGAAUUUUUGUUGUCGUAGCGGUCGCCCAAGUUGGGAUGCAAAGAGUAAUCUGGCUGGAAAAAAGUGCGGAAGGGUAGCACCUCCGGCAGCCGCGAGUUCAGCUUCACGUUGGUCAAGACGCCUGUCUCAUAGCACCACAGCCGGCUCACGUUUCGCGGCGUAUAACCUCCUCCGCCCAAAACGAGCAUCGGAAUGCCAAAACUCUUGAUAAACUUGACACACUCGCCGUGCGCUCUGAUGUUGAGAUUGAAGCUUCCAAGACGAUCACAGCCAAGCGAGUCGGCCCCGCACUGCUGCACAAUGGCUGUUGGUCGGAAAUUCGUUAUCACCGGCUCCAUGAUCGACUUGAACAGCGAAAUAUACGACUCGUCGUCGAUUCCGUCGUGCAACGGCACGUUCAGCGCAAAAUGCUUUCCAUUGCCCAAACCAACCUCAUCGUAGUUGCCUGUGCCGGGGAAAAACUCGCCAUCGUACUUGUGGAAGGAAACCGUCAUCACACGGUCCGUAAGGUAAAAUGCUUCCUGGACACCAUCUCCAUGGUGCAAAUCAAUAUCGAUGUACAGCACACGCGGGUGCACUCUUAGCAGGUUCAAAAUUGAAAGCACGAUGUCAUUCACGUAGCAAAAGCCACUAGGCUCGUGUUUUUUUGCGUGAUGCAGGCCGCCAGACCAGUUGAUGGCGAUGUCGCUCAUUCCGGCAAUAAGCUUGCGCGACGCGUCGAGCGACGCUCCCGCAUAUAUUUGCGAAUAGUCGUACAUACCAUCAAACACAGGACAGUCGUCUCCGAUGUUGAACUGGCGCAAAAGUUGGGCGUACUUCUUGGCGUUGUCGGGGGUCACCGACUCGAGAAACUUGAUAUAGUCCUCGGAAUGGAACUCUAGGAGCUCUUCCUUGGUCGCCCGUCGCGGCUGAUAAAUAUCCAUUUGCUCGUACAGCUUGUACGCUAUCACCAAAUGGUCCGUCAGCAUCAGACGAAACGGCUUCAUGGGGUGUCUGACUCCGUAGUGGUAUUUAGAAACGUCUGGGUUGUAAUGGUACGAGACGUUUGGAUUAUACCCGCCAUUUUUGAACGUGUUGACAAUCGGCUCGUAGAACGGCGUCUUCUGAUUGGCGCGCCGAUCCAGUGAGAUC